GCCCGUUUGGCGACGCUCAGCUUCAUCAGCACAACAACGAGCCCGUGACGCUCCCAACGACUGGGGAACGCCAAUCUCAACAAGUGAAAGCCAUAUUCAGACGCCAAAUUGUGUUUUUAUAGCGGACUGAAACUAGCAUUACGUUGCUCCGCCUGGCCACGACCACGCAACUCACAUAGCCAUCAUGUCGGAGGAACGAAGCAAGAUCUCGCUCCGUAGCGGCGGCAAACGAAAGGCCAGACCCGUCAUCAGUGCCCCAAAGAAGAUUUCGGGACCGAUUCUUCAAAAUGAUGGCGUCAAAGGAGGAGUGCCAGCGCAAGCUGAGCCUCAAGUUCGCCCUCGUUUACGGCCACCGCCAAUGGCUGGCGGCAAGACAUCCGAUUUGGUGAAGCAAAGAUACUCGACAAGAUUCAAUAACCUUCCCAGUGAUUUCGACGCGUCUAUUCCGGCGAUGCCAUCGCUGCCGCCUCUCGAAAAGUUUCAGCCUAAUAACAGACGCCCUUCAACGGCUCGGGGACCCGUUCCCGUGGUGGAUGUGAAGGCACUCAGAGAUCCUCAUCUUUUGCCUGAUAAAUAUGUGGCCAGUGUUCUCGGUGACGCAUCCGAUGACCAGAUCCGCGAGUUUGAAGAUUCCCUGCGACAACUCAAGACUCGUGCAGGUGCCGACUUGCAGCAAAACCUUGUGCAGAAUCGAACGCAGUUUAUCAAGAUCACUAAGGAGGCAGAGAAGCUCAAGACCGAAAUGCGCACACUGCGAAAUCUCAUGACGGAGCUCAAGACCAACACGACUGCGCUGCGCACGGCAGCUUCCAAGGACGACGAACCGCUGGCAAUACCAGAUGGCCGACCCCCCGGCCUCAGUAAGCGAGACAAGCGAAGCUCGGUUGCCGAUAGAAGCGCCUUGUGGAAUUCACAGAUGCAAGCGCUCUACAAGAAUGUGGAAGGCUCUCAGAAAUUUCUGCCCAAUUCGGCAGGGCGACAUGUCGUUCAGAAUGCUGGCCCUUGGGUCGAGCUGGACAACGCUACGUACAAGUCGAGACGAGCUAUGCAAAUCUUCCUACUCAAUGACCAUCUGCUCAUUGCUUCUCGCAAAAAGCGCAAGGCUGAUGCUCCUACUGGAGAUGGACGGGCCCCGUUAAUUAAGCUGGUUGCGGACCGUUGCUGGUCGCUUUUAGAUAUUGAGGUUAUUGACAUGCCGGGAAAUAACGAAUCAUCUGGUGGUCGGAAUAAACUUGCCGACGCCAUCAUGGUUCGAGGUGGUGGACAGGACUCCUUCAUCUACCGAACCGAAAAGGUAGAGGAUGAUGCUAAGAAGUCGUUGCUUUUAAAUGUUCGCAAAGCCAUUGAGGAACUGCGCAAGGGUCUCGAGUCGGAAAUGGAAGCCAACAACAAGGCUAAGGAGACAAUCAACUACUUCGCCUCCCGAGACCCCGGUCUGCUGCAAAAAACGGAGCUUCUAGAGACGCUCUCUGAUAUCAAGGAUAUGCUGAUUGAAGUAGACGGAAAACAGCAGAACCUUCGCUGGGUUGAAAGCCAAAUGGAUGAGCUGGACAUUGAUAUUGCACUUCAGCGUUUUGAGCCGGCUGUAGCUACUAUUGAAAAGCUUAAAAGCUUGGCUCGGGGUCUGAAAGGCAACAUUGUUGCCCAAGAUUUCAUCAACUUCAAGGUGGACGAGCGGGCCAGCAGACUGGGUGAUGUGUUGAUUCGCGAGUUGGAGAUUACGCAUAAUGAGAAGACCAAGUCGAACCAGCACGUAACCUGGCUGUCUCGUCUUGGGUUCGAGGACCGGGCAAGAGAGGCGUACCUGGCCGCCCGAAGCGACAUUAUUCACAAGCGAGCUAGACAAUGUAUUUUCCAAGGUGACUUGCAUCUUUACAUCUGGCAGAUCUCGUUUGUCUACUUUACCAUUAUCCACAACACGGUAGAGUGCUUUCAAAGCUGCUUUCCUCCACCCAUGAUGAGCGCCUGUGUCAAGUGGGCGAAGCAGGAAGUCGAAGCAUUCAACAUCAUCCUUUCGCGUCAACUUAGUAGUACGGAGCGUGGUGGCCCUGUAUGGACACAGUGCAUGGAGAGAGCAAAGGAACAUGGCAAGAAGCUGGCCGCCGUUGGGCUGGAUUUUGGUGAUUUAGUUGGCAGGGAGGCUGAGGUGCUCGACUUCAACAUUGGCAGCCCUGUGCCCGUUGGAUUGGGACUGGAAUAACGAAUAUGGAUGAUGCCGCAUGUGUGGUGUGUUUUUCUUUUUUGCAGAGUCUCUUUUUAGAAUAUUUACGACAUUGUUGAGAUUAAAAGGAACUGGAGUCUGUGCUGUGAAAUGUUGUGACGUUUUGAUGUGAUGUGUGUGCUAUUGUGCGAUGGAUUCAAUGCUGUAAUUACCUGGACGCAUAAUUUGGCGUGGACAAAGAAAACGUAGUGACAGAUUCAAAGCCAUCGUCAUAGCAAUCAGCCAGUACGUAGUAAUGUAGCAAUGGGCAGCAUUGGAUUGCGGAGAGCAAGAGAACAG